AUGCACCUGGGCAUCGAUUUUCACAAGCUCCAGCUGACGCGCGGGUCUUCGUACAUAGACUUACCUGCCUGGAUUUUACGGGAAAAGGCUGUGAUUAACCCUAGGAAUGAGGAUGAGGAGUGUUUCAAGUGGGCUUUGAUAGCGGCAAUGCAUCACGGGGAGAUUGCAAAUAAUCCGCAACGUAUAAGCAAUCUGCGACCCUUUGUAGAUCAAUAUAACUGGGAGGGAUUCGAGUUUACAGUAGCCCUCAACAAGAUCGGUAAGUUUGAAGAGCAGAACCCUGAGUGUGCGGUUAACAUGCUCUUCGUCUCGGAUAAGACUAUCUAUAUCGGACACAGGUCUGAGUAUAAUAUCAAGCGUGAUAAGCAGGCUAACUUGCUGAUGAUUACCGAUGGUGAGAGCAAGUACUACACAGCGGUGAAAUCAGAAAGCGCAAGAGAAAGUCACUACGACUAUUGCACGAGUCAUGGGGAGGUGAACAUGAAGAUGCCUACCGAGAAUGAAAAAUGGUUGCAAUACCAGGAUGAUCAACCAGAGCAACCGAAGGCCAAGAAGGGUGGGGAUCCAUACACGGAGAAGCUUGCACAUCACGUACCAUGUGCCUGGUGCUUAUAUAGUACGUUUGCAUAUGGGGAUGUACCUGAUCCACUGAGGCUUUACAGCGGAAAGAACUGCGUGGAGAAGCUUGUGGACAUAUUGGAGAAGGAGAUAAGAAGAUUGUACUCGCUCUAUCCACAGCAGCCCAUGACAGAGCUGACGGAUGUGUUGAAGAGAGGGCACGAAGCGGCAGAAAGCUGUCACAUAUGCCUGAAACCAUUUGGUAACCCCGAGAACCGUAAAGUCAGAGACCACUGCCACUAUAUGGAAUUGUAUCGAAGUGCUGCACACGAUCUUUGCAACUUGAGGUACUGGAUCCCGAGCUUUGUGCCGGUAGCCUUUCACAAUUUAAGCGGGUAUGACGCGCACUUGUUCAUCAGAGAAUUCGGGCGUAAAUUAAACAAAGAUAAUGUCAGUGUUAUUGCUGGGAACAAGGAGAAGCACAUCUCUUUCAGUGUAUCAAUCCCGGUCACGCUGGCAGGUCUGACUGAUAGGAAUGGAAAGCCUGUGGAGAAAAUGGUGGAACUCCGGUUUAUCGACAGCUACCGCUUCAUGGGAUAUAGCCUGGAUGCCUUAGCAUGUAGUUUAACAGAUAAGCAAUGCAAACAUCUAAGACGCAGCGUUGAAGACAAUGAUGAGCUAUUCAAACUCAUGCGGCGGAAGGGUGUGUACCCAUAUGAGUACGUUGAUAGCUGGGGGAGAUUCAAAGAGCGGAUCGUAGCCCCAAAAAAAGCAUUCUACAGUAAGUUGAAUAUGAAGGGCAUUAGCGAUGAGGAUUAUGAGCAUGCACAAAAGGUAUGCAAUUGGAUGUGUGACUCUUGGUGA